AGCCGUUUUGGCUCGAGGUGCGGCGGCGCAGCCCUCCUAGGCAGGCACGCCUGUUGCAGCCGCCGCGCGACAGGGGCGCCCGGCGUGGGGGGCAGCCGAGAUGGUCGUGCUCAGCGCGGCGAUCGUCACAACGGGCAAGACGCUGAUCGCCCGGCAGUUCGUGGAGAUGACCCGGCUGCGCAUCGAAGGCCUCAUCUCCGCCUUCCAGAAGCUCGUAGACACCGGCAAGGACCACACCUUCAUCGAGACAGAGACUGUGCGGUAUGUUUAUCAGCCGAUCGAGGCGAUGCAGCUCGUCCUUGUCACGAACAAGUCGAGCAACAUCCUCGAGGACAUUGAGACGCUGCGGCUGAUGGCCAAGGUCGUGCAGGAUUGCUGCCAGAUCCAGGUCAAUGAGGAGAUGGUCUUGAAGAACGCGCUGGACAUCGUCUUCGCCUUCGACGAGGUCAUCUCGUUUGGCCACCGCGAAAGCGUGACACUGUCGCAGAUCAAGUCUUACACGGAGAUGGACAGUCACGAGGAAAAACUUCAUCACAUGAUCGAGCAGAGCAAGAUCAACGAGGCGAAGGAGAUGGCCAAGAAGAGGCAGUCAGAGAUCGCCAAGGAGGGCAAGCUGGAUAAGAAGCCCGCCAUGGAGGGCUUUGGCGGUGGUGGCCCCUCCGACGACUCCGGCGGCGGAAAGACCCCGGGGGGCUUUGGCGGCAUGUCCGGCAUCGGCAGCUCGUCCUUCCAGGAUACGAUGUCUUCCAGCGGACCAACGCAGGAGUUCCAGCCCGGGAAUAUGAACAUGGGCGGCAUGGAGGACAGCGACAAGAACAUGUUCAAGCCGACCGCCCCCAAGAGGGGCAUGGCUCUCGGCAAGAAGAGGCCCGGCGACAUCUUCGGAGGGCCGGCGCUGCCGACGCCCGCCGAAGAGGCGGCGGAGCCGGAGCCCGCCGCGCCCGCGUACAACCCUCUGAUGGACCCGGUGAGGGUGGAGAUCGAGGAGCGGAUAGUGGCAGAGCUCAGCCUGGAGGGUGGCAUGGAGGGCGAGGCCUCCUGCACCGGGCAGUUCCAGGUCACGGUCCUCGACGCCGCCAAGGCCGACCUGGUGAGCUUCAAGCUGAAUCAGCAGAACCAGGCGUUCAAGUACAAGGUGCACCCAAAUCUGAACAAGGCCUCCUACUCCAACAACGCGCUGGAGGUGAGAGACAAUACCAAGGCCUUCCGCGCCAACCAGCCAGCGCCGCUCCUCAAGUGGCAGAUGAAGAGUUCCGACGAGGCUUUCAUCCCAGUCCAGAUCGCCGUCUGGCCCAGCUCCACAGCCGAAGGCACCCAGAUGGUCGUUGAGCUUGAGCUGACGGACACGAACAUAGUGCUCGAGGACGUGGUCAUCAGCUUCCCCGCGCCGGCAAACUCCAGGCCAUCGGUUUCCAGCGCCUCGCCGGGCGAGUUCUCGUACGACGGCCAGUGCGUGCACUGGACGAUCCCGCAGCUCGACUCCAACGAGAGCUCGGGGACCAUGGAGUUCGCGGCCGCUGCGGACCAGGCUUCGCUGGUGCCCGGAGAGUUCACCGCGAAGUGGCGCGGUAAGACGAAGUGCCCGAUGGACAUUUUGGAGUGCUACCACAUGGAGAGAAAAGAUGCGAUCAGCUACGACUUGACCAAAACUUCGGUUUACCAGCUGAAGAUAGGCUGAAGGACCCACGGCAGCGGCGGCUGCAGCGGCGAGCUCGAGGACGCCGCGAGGCGUCUCCGCGGCCCUCCGCCGAGAGGGGCGCCCCUCGCGGCGACGCGGGGCGCGCGGCGCUGGCCGCCCCCAGCUGGGCCUUCUUGCCCGCGGCCCGCGGCCCGGCGAGCGCGCUGGCGAGCGCGCCGGGUGCGCGCCCAUCGGCCGAGUCCAGAGACUGCAGCGGCGGAGGCUAGGUGCGCAAUCCUCCUGGUUUUGGAUGUCCCGUGGCUCCCUCGCCCUCCUCGUCCUAUUUGCCCUUCCCCUCGUCCUCCUCCUUCUCCUCCUCCUCCUCCUCCUCCUCCUCCUGCCUCUUUCUCUGCCCCCUCCUCGCCGUCUAUAUGCCCGGUCGUGUCGCCCGUUUGCUUCGUGCUUCUGCCCGCAGUGGCAAUGGCGACGGCGUUAGCGACGGGCACGUGGCGCGAGGUGGACCGUAGGCAUGCCCGGCGACCGCCAGAAAAAAAA